GAAGUCUGGUGUUCAUUUACCAUGAUUGAAGGAAACAAUUUACCAUAAUUUUUUUUAUAUGCAUCAUCCAAUGUCAUUAGCAGAUACAAUCCACUUUCCAAUACUCAGUUGCAUCACUUUACAUUAUUAUUACACCCAAUUGAGCUAGUAACUAAGCUAGUUGUCGAUUCUGUUCGUAGACAUAGAAGGACUUCUAAGCUAAUAUAAAAGCUCCCAUCCAUCCCCAUGAACUCAUUCUCCACUAAAUCUUUCAAAGCCAGAUCCUUUGAUAUCCCAGGAAAUCACCUGAAGCAGUUAGCAACUGGGUCACUUUCCAAUCUCUCUAUCAUACUAUAAUACCUGCCUUCAAUCAUUUCCGCUUAUCUUUUGGUGCAGACAUUACCAAAGCAAAGACAAUUUCUCUACUCCUGAGAUUAUCAGUAAACAUGCCUGAUUCUUUCUUGCAGCCUACCUCACCUCAGGCAGCCAAUUGGACAAACAACACACAAACAGAUAGCAACGAAGAUCCAAGUCAAGUCCAAUGCUCCCUUUGUCAAGAGUCUCAGGAUAUACAAUUGAACUUUGCAUUUCCUUGCGGUUGUGUGUAUUGCAGCACUUGCCUCCGAGGACGCUUCACUCGCGCGAUAGAGGAUGAGUCUAUGUUUCCUGUCAGUUGCUGCUUGGAUGUCGACGAUCUCACAUUGGCUUAUCAUUUAUUGUCUCCGGAAAUCAUUCGCGACUAUGAAGACAAGAAAAUCGAAUACGAAUCCGAAGAUCGUAUGUAUUGCUCCAACAAAUUUUGCUCUGCUUUUAUCGCCCAGGAACGUAUCAAAGGACAUCAAGCUUUCUGUAAAAAGUCGGCAUGUGGUAUGGUCACGUGUACAAGGUGUAAGAGCGAAUGGCACGAUGGAGAAUGUUCUCGCGACUAUGAUAAAGAGCUAGUUCUUGCCGAAGCCCAGAGACAAGGCUGGAAACAAUGUGGGAAUUGUGGUACCUUGAUCGAAUAUGCUGCUGGGUGUCCCAAAAUGAUAUGCCUAUGUGGCUUUAAAUUCUGCUUUUACUGCACCUUGGCACUGGAAGAUUGUCUCUGCCACGGUGGCUAUGAAGACGACGGUACAUAGGAGGAUCUACUUAAGAAGUCAUAGAGAUAGACUCGAUAUCAUCAAUAGGAUCGUGGAGGUACAGUCCGUUGUGGUUUACAUGGAUGAGAUGUAUGAUGAGAGGGCUUGGUGGGGGGGUACCUGGAGUUGUGGAAAAUUGCACUUCGUGGUUAAAGCGUUGGCUAGGAUUUGAAAAGCCCAUUGAUGGAGUGGACGCACAUCCCAAUUCUUUAUUAGCAUACUAUAUGUAGGAGGUACGAAACUACAAAGCGUUAUGUAAGCAAAUGGUUAAUGCAUCGAAAACACUCGAGUAAAUUUCCUAAUUUGGAACAACAACCUCAGAACAAAAGUGGGACACAUAGACAAGAAGAGCCAGAAAAAUGAACAAAAAAAAAAGCAAAAGGAUAGGCA